GCUUUGAGGGAGAAGCUGAUCCAUGCCUCACUCCCAGCUUCUGGUGACAAGUCGUGGCGUUUCUUGCCUUGUAGAAACAUUACUUCAGUCUCUGCCUCUGUCUUCCCAAUGCCUUCUCCUCUGCGUGUCUUUGUCCUGUUCUCUUUUAAGAACACCAGUCAUGAGAUUUAGAGCCUAACCCAAAUCCAGGGUGAUCUCUCUUGAGAUCCUUAACUUAUUUAUAUAAGUUAAAACCCUGUUCUCAAAACCCUAUUUUGAAAAGCCUAUUUUCAAGUAAUAUCACAUUCGCAGGUACUGGUGACUAGGACUUGGAUAUAUUUUGGUGGGGGGACACUAUUCAAUGAAGGAUAACUGUCUUCCUCAUCUGACUAGUACUCUAGCCUUGCUUUGCACUUCCAAAAGCAAAAGGAAAUGCAGAAUUAAAGACUGUGUUAUGUUGUAGAAAGAGCAAAAACUUUAGCCAGCAGAAACUUGGGUUCAAUCCAGGCUCUAUAUUAGUUGAAAACUUAGGCUUUUAACCUCUGAGAGUCUUGAUUUCUUUAUUUUUAAAAUGGGGAUAAUAUGACCUAUUAUAAAACUGGCAGGGAAGUUAAAUACUCAUUCUCAGGUGUAUGGUAGACCCUACUAUUUGAAAAAAAGCUUAAAGAUAAUACAUUUGGAAAUGACCCACAUUAAAGAUGGGGUUAUGUGAGUAUAACACGUGCUCAGACUACAGCAACAGACACGAAGAAUGGGGAGGUGACUGUCAGAGAGAUGGACAUCAGCAAUGAGGGCUCCCAAGAGAAGGUGACUUUUCAGAUAGUCAAAGGGGCUUCUGGCAUCAAGAAAAUCAAUUACCAGGUAUCUCACCAUCUAAGUCAAAGAGAAGUUAGCAAAACAAAGGCAGGGCUUCUAGUCUUAAAAACUGGGGUACCAGGCAGAUUUCUAAGAUGUUAUGAAGUUUCUGUCCUAUGCUAGGCGUUCCAGGUAAAAGGACAAGUAAGACAUGGACCUUCCAGUUAGAGCUCACCAUCUUUCAGGUGACACAGACAGGUAAACAAGAUAAAUUACAAUAAUGUGCUACAAAAGACAAGCGGAGUUCAAGGACAGACCAGCUAAAAACUGCCUGUGGGAGACUGGGAAAGCUUUAGAGUGUGUGUGACAUUUGGAUGGAUUCUAGGAGGAUGGCUAGAGUGUGCCUGCCAGAGAAAAAGAGGAGCUCUUUCCAAGCAGAGGAAAAAGAGGUAAAGUGUAGGAAGUAAGACCUAUGGUACCAGAACUGGAGGAUCAGUCAGAAGCCCGGGACCAGAGCAAAAGUGUUAACAGACUUACUGCUGACUCCCUUUGUGCUACAAUUUACAGUUAUCCUGGUUAAGAUGCAGGUUUGUCCUAGAGAUCCUAGCAGGACUGAGCACAGAGAUGUGAGUCAGUAGUCCUAGCAUUUGGGAACGAAGAUAAACACAUUCAUGACCAGUGAGCUACUGACAUUAGCCAAAACCAGAGAGAAGGGGAAAGUUUGUGAGGGAUUUCUUAUGCAACAGAUGAUCUAAUUUAAACUUCACAGCCAUGUUCUGAUGGAAAGCAGGCAGAGCCAUGAAAUAACAGUUCAGUCAUCAAAAAAAGCAAAAUUGAGCUGGUUCCUAGAAAAAGAACAUUUUUGCCAGCUGGUCUCUUUGCUCUUUCCGGCUGACUUAGACGGCCCUGGGCCCCAAAGGUGCUUUCUAGAAGUGGUUUCAGCUCCCUGAGAAACAGCUCUUAACACCUCGGUUGCUACCCACCCAUUGCAUUGAAAACAAACAAACAAAUAAAUAAGAUCAACGUUGGGUUCUAGUGUGCUGUGAGCAUCUAUUAGCUUGGGUUUCCCACAAUGUGUACCGACAACACUGUCUCCAAUAAUAAAUGGAAAAUCCAACCCCAAUACCACCGAAGAAAGCAUCAGACUUCACAGGCUCUCCAAAGUUAAGCAGCAUCCCUAAAGCGGCUUCACGUCCUCCUCGAGUCCUCUCACUUGCCAAGAUUUUAGCUGGCUAAUCGGCAACGUACUAACUUCCGUGCACCAGGACACCACCCCCGUCCCCAUGUGUUCUCCAAAACGCCUCUUCCCACCCUGGCCACGGAGACCCCGGCCCAUAAUGCAAGGAGGACGCGACAGCUCGGGACCGCGCCAGCCCUCGCAAAGUUCCAACGGUCCUGUAAAGAAGUCCAUGCGGGAGAAGGCUGUCGAGAGAAGGAAUGUCAAUAAGGAGCAUAAUAGUAAUUUCAAGGCCGGAUAUAUUCCAAUCGAUGAAGAUCGCCUCCAUAAAACGGGAUUGAGGGGGAGAAAGGGCAAUUUAGCCAUCUGUGUCAUUAUCCUCUUGUUUAUCCUGGCUGUCAUCAAUUUAAUUAUAACACUUGUUAUCUGGGCUGUGAUUCGCAUUGGGCCAAAUGGCUGUGACAGCAUGGAGUUUCAUGAAAGCGGCCUGCUCCGGUUUAAGCAAGUAUCUGACAUGGGAGUUAUACAUCCUCUUUAUAAGAGCACAGUAGGAGGAAGGCGAAAUGAAAACUUGGUUAUCACUGGCAACAACCAGCCUAUUGUUUUUCAGCAAGGGACAACAAAGCUCAGUGUAGAAAAGAACAAAACUUCUAUUACCAGUGACAUUGGUAUGCAGUUUUUUGACCCGAGGACUCAGAAUAUCUUAUUCAGCACAGACUAUGAAACUCAUGAGUUUCAUUUGCCAAGUGGAGUGAAAAGUUUGAAUGUUCAAAAAGCAUCUACUGAAAGGAUUACCAGCAAUGCUACUAGUGACUUAAAUAUAAAAGUUGACGGGCGUGCUAUCGUGCGUGGAAAUGAAGGUGUAUUCAUUAUGGGCAAAACCAUUGAAUUUCACAUGGGCGGUAAUAUGGAGUUAAAGGCAGAAAACAGCAUCAUCCUAAACGGAACUGUGAUGGUUAGCACAAGUCGCCUACCUAGUUCCUCCAGUGGAGACCAGUUUGGGACGGGCGACUGGGUGCGCUACAAGCUGUGUAUGUGUGCAGACGGGACGCUCUUCAAAGUACAAGUGACGGGCCAGAACAUGGGCUGCCAGAUCUCAGACAAUCCCUGUGGAAACACUCACUAGAAGAACCCGAGAGGUCACCCGCGUCUUCAUAUCGUGACUUUUUUUAAGAGUGUGCAUGCAAGUCAUGUUUUUAGAGAGUUCGCGAUAACUCUCACCUACAGAGCACUACUGUACCUAUUAUGUAAUCUCCAUAUUUAAAAGAUUCUCAGCUUAAAUUUGAAUACAUUUCAUUAAGUUGUACUGAUCUUCAAAUUACAGUUCUAAAGUAAUUAUCAGAAGUGAAUACAAGCAAAAUUCAUCUUGAAGGAAGUAUUUUUAAAAUCCCGCUGUUCCUUGUCUAAAGGAUAAAGGGCUGAAGCAACCGUUUAGACUCACUGUAAGUACAUUUGGUAAAUGGGGAUGCACCCACUUAAGGGGACUGAAAGGUGCACUGUAAGUAAAUGUUACACGCUCUGUCUUUUGGCUUCUAAGAGAAUGGUCUCAGAUUUUUAGUGCAUUAAUUUUCAGCUGUUUUCUCAAUGCAAGUGAAAUCAUUAAAGAACGUCACAUAUGUGGUAAGAAACUGUGGUUUCUUAGUUUUGCACUAGGAUGAAAAUACUCUGUAAUAGAAUAUUUACUUGCUAAAUAUUGAUGAGUAUGAAAUGUUCACAAUGUGGUAGAAAUUGAAACACCAGCUUUAAUUGUUAGAUCCUGAUGUCAGCUGUGGUUUACAUGACUCAUUCUAGCCACUGUCCCAGGCACUGUGUCUGUAACAUCGCUGAUUUUCACCACAGCUCUGGAUGUAGGGCUUAUUAUCCCAGGUUUUCCCCUUAGGAAACUGAGGAUCAGAGGAGUUAAGAGACUUACCUUAUGUCACACAGUAUAAUAGCAGCCCGGGUUGGGACUGGAGCUCACAUGUGAUUCAAACCUAAAAUGUACCUGCUUCCAAAUACUGUGUCCUUUUCACUAUCUGCACUGAAGUCUUAAUAUUUAAAAAUAUAAAAAAUAUAUUAAAAAAUUAAGACAAAUUCAGACUCACUUAAGCAGGUAAGGAUCAAAUAAAACAGCCAUGCUUACUCUAGUUUAAAAAAUUAAAAAUCAAUCUCAUGUCAAAAAAAUUGGCCAACUGCUAUCAGAUUUUAAACUAGCUUGUGCCAAUCCAAAAUAUUAUGCGAUAGAAAAGUCCAGUUAGUCUAGCUGUAGGCUACUGCAGUUUCCUAACUGAUGGGCCUUGGCCCCUGGGGGUACCUGAAUUGGGUAAAAGGGUCACUAAGAUAUUUAGACCCUCAGGCCUCAGGGCAACGCAGUGCGAAGCUGGAGGCCAUGGCCCCAGGCAAGUCCGCCCCACUGCACCAUUCAAGGAGCACCCGUUGCCCUGUGCGCUGGGCCGGAACAAAGUUGGGCAGCAUGGUGUGAAGGGUGCGGAUAGAGAAAAUUCGUCUUUAAGUAGAUUUGGAGUAAGUAUGAGAACUGAUCUCUGCUCCUCAUAUCCCAAUCCCUGAAGCCGGUUGAUUUUUAAUGUAUUUUAUAAUUGACUUAAAAGGAACUCUCUGGUAUUAUUCAUCACACACAGAGCAUCAGGGGCCAAGUUUUCAAAAUAGUUUGCUGUAAAAUAAGCAGUAGAGAUAAAUCAUAAGCCCCACUCUGCGUUCAAGUCUAACAGUAUUCUGCUGUGGUCACUUUGUGUAGAUAAGAAAAUCGAUACAAAGACGGAUCUGCAUUCAGCCUACGCACAGUUCUCUCUGAUAGAGCAACCAGAUGCCUUAGAGAUUACGAGCAGUCAUUAAAGUGUACUGAAGGAGAUGAGCUUACUAUAUAAUACUAAGUGCAGUUUUUAAAUGAGGGGGAAAGUGAACUUUAUUUUUUUUUUAUUUAAAUCCAGUUAGCCAAUAUAUAGUACAUUAGUUUCAGAUGCAGUGUUCAGUAAGUUAUCAGUGACCUAUGACACCCAGUACUCAUCACCUCACGUGCCCUCCUCAAUGCCCGUCACCCAAGAAGUGAACUUUCUGACCUCUGAGUGUUAUUAAUUGUUGUGAUAGUCAGAACUUAUUUGAAUAUAUGCAGUGUCAUUUCAUAUUUGAAUAAUGUUCAGAAAAAUCCGUUGGAAUUUUCAUUCAGACACAUAGUCUAUUUUUAAUUUCACAUUCUUGUCUGUUCUAUUUAGAUUUGCUUGGAAAGUCUCUAAAUAUUUUUGCAAAAACCACAAAACACUACGUUACAAAGUAUUAUUUAUUGAGUAUAAUUCACGAAGCAAUCUAUUUUUACUCAACUCUUUGAGAAAUACUUGUGUUUUUGAUACAUCUCCAUUAAGUGCUUUUAACAUGAGAGGAUAUUUUGAUGUUUUUACAGGACUGUAAAGGUAACAGGUACAGUAUUUUCGGACACUUUGCAGGUAGCCUUUGCCUUUUCACUGAGAUGUAGACCUGGAAAACUCAAGGGAAAUGAGAUCAGGAGCAGACCGUCCAUUUCACUUGCGAUCUAUUUUGCAUAAUGGUAAAACUUCAGCUCCUCGUUCUCACCACCAGAUGGUAUUUUUCAAAACCCGAAAUGUUAACUUUGCCUCUUUCUCCUGGUUGUUCAUCCCCUGCCUUGAGCACUGACUGAUAGGACAGGAAGCAGACUCCGGGAAAGCAGAUAGACAAAGACAGGCUCCCAGGAGAAGGGGGGUAGAUUCGCGCUUGUGUAAAUAACCGCACUACUUCAGAGAGAGGUCGCAAUGACGAGGG